AUGUCAGGCCGGCUGCUGAGGAAAGUCUUGAGGGAGCAGGAGCUGAAGCCCAAGGAUGUCGACCCGGAGAUUGACGCCGAAGAUUCUCCCGAAUCUCCUGUCUCAGCUGCUCCCUUCCGAAACCCUUUCGAUCUGCUUGACGACCAGGUACGCUGGCUGCGUUUUCCUCUGCUUCGCUCUGUUUGGAAACAUGAUUUGUCUGGUUUUCUUCAGCGAACCUUUCCUUUACGACCGGAGAAGAUUGCUUUAGCUAUGGACAUAUUUUGCGGUAUCGCCAAGGGACCGGGAAAGGAUGAUGGUAGUUUUAUUUCGUGGUCUUAUAGAUUAUUUAGACCUGAAAGGGAACCCAUAUCUGGUUCAGAAUUGGAAGAAGAACUUGGGAUUUGUCUGAAAGAGGCUUCAGGCGCUGUAGCUGUGUUUUUAUAGUGGAGAAAUUCCUGCGAUGUGGAGAGCAUGAAAUCAAUGUCGCGAAGAGAUUUCCCUCUUUCAUCCAUUGUAGGGAGAGAAGACCUCUCUUUGGCUGGAAAACCAGAACAGGCAGUCAAUAGGGUGAUUUCACAAUAGUUGAGUUUUUAUCUCGACAGUUUCUCUUUGAAUGGCUUAGCCUGCAGUUGGACUUUUGACUCUUACCUAACAUUGGUCAACUGAUCUCCUAGAUUCAGUUUGGAUGAUUUCCAGUUUUGAAUCAUAAUUCAUAGAUGAACCAUCAUGAUUUUGCCCAGACCCCUCAAUCAUACUUCAGAAAUUUAAGCUGAUUCAUGAUUUUCUUCUGCCUCUGCCAUUCGUCCCUCUCCUGGGGAGUGUACGUAGAAGAAAACUGUGUAGGAGGCCCUGUGGCAUGAAAAUGGUGUUCCUCCAUUUCCUUGGUCACGUUUUAUGGCUCCACCUUUCGUAGUCUUCCCCGUAAUGUCGAGAUUAUUUCAUGAAAGCCAUCAUUAGCAUAGGAAGAAGAAGAAUAAGAAGGAGAAGAGCGAGGCUCCUUACGUAUGCAAUAAAAUUUUUGUUAUCUCUGGGCUGGGAUUGGUAGCUCAAAGUCACUAUGUUUCUUGAUUCAUUGGAAUCGGCAGGUGGGUGGAUCGAAGAGGAGACAGUAGAUUGGUGAUAUUUGAAACAGUGGUGCUUUUUUUUUUUUGCAUUUUUUUUUGUUUUUUUGCAUCAUGUGCUACUUGCUUGAUCGUAUAUGGUUAGCAUUGAGUGCAUACUCUUAUAUUCCAGGAGGAUGAGCCAGAUGGUGAUGAUGAGGUUGCAACAAGUGACAAUGUUAGGCAAAAUAUCGUCAGCACCAGCUCUUCUUAUGAUGCUCCGAUGACAAAACGCAAAAUAAAGAAAAAGAAAAAGAAGAGCAAGGAGAAAGGUGAUCAGAAGCUUACAGCGGAGCAGUCAAUAGUUUCAAUCAUAGAGGAACUUUCUAUCGAUGCAAAACCUGUUGAUAAACAAGAUGUCAGAAACAGUAGAACAGCGAAUGAAAUUCGAGUGGAGGAGAAGAAACAAAGCACAUCAUAUAUCUUGACUGUGGAUCCAAAAUAUCUGAAGGCCGAGAAUGAGCUGCGAAAAAUUUUUGGCUCCAAAGUUGUCAGCUCGUUUGAAAAUCAUCAGAAUGUCACCAGCUCUAGGGGUUUACACGGUGGGAGACGUACGGCACACAACGCAAGGAAGACGGUUCUUGUUUCUCCCCCAGGGUUUUGGCCUCGUUGGGAUGGAUCCUUGUCCAUGGAAAUUCUAGAAAGUAAAAAUGGGAUACAAUAUUUUAGGUAAGGAAUAUUUCCCUCUUAUUCACUGUGACUCGGUUUUUAUUUCCUGCUGUGAAAUUGGUGUGCUGGGAUACUUUCGAUUUAUUGAAUUUUUAGUGCAUUUUUAGUUUAUUCAGCUGCCCAAUUUAAGGAUGCCAUCGCAAUUUUGAAUGUCUACGUAGUUCUACUGAUAGUUUCCACUUAUAACAUUUGAUUCGGUCUCUUUUUGCAGCUAAUUUGCAUGCUAAUUCAUUGAUUACGACUUUCUCUUUUCCAUUAAUUAUAAAAGAAGCUAUUUUAUUUAUUUCGUGAAAAAUCAUUUCUGAUUCAGUAUUAGUUGAUUUAAUCAGGAGUUCUCAUUCAACAUGGUUGAGACUUCAGCAAUGGAUAGUGAUGAUCCAUUGCUCUUUCUCUACACUAAACUAAAGCAGCUCUCUAUCAAUGCCUUAGCUUGUUUUUAUACGGAAAAGGCCAAGAGACAGUCAUGGGGACAAUUUAAACAAGGAGGUUAAUUUUUAGAUGAAAGUAGUGUAGACCAAUUAUGGAAUAUUUUUUGGUAUCCCAACUUAUUUAUAGUGCUCAUUUCGGUUCUGAUAACAAUAACCAGGAUGCAUAUGAGCAGAUAAGACUCAUAUAAUUCACGAUAAUAAUAACAGAAAAAGAUGAAAACUACUGAGAAUGCUUGACUAUGAUACUUAACCAACUUUGCUUGCGUUGUCACACUCAUCUAGCAGUUAUCUCUUCCUGUGGUGAAAAUAUUAAUCAAGAUAUAUGCACAAUUACUCCAUCCUAUAUUUUCGCACGUUCUUUUUUCUAUCAGGCUCCAAGUCCUUCAUUUUCUUUUCUUUUUUAAUGAAAUUAAAAGCCCGUAGGCCACAAUUGCAUAUCUCCCCCACAUCCUUAUUUUCAGGGAGAAUAUAUCACCUCAUAUAUAGAUUGGAUGGCAUAUAGAACCAAGCUACUCCUGGUACCGGACGUUGUAUGCAGAAGAAAAGGAAGUCUUAAAGAUGGACGGGAGGUCAGCAAGGAACAGAAGAGUUGUAGUUGAGUACGUAAGACACAGCAGAAGAAGCCAAUAAAUCCCACAGAGCAGCCCCCCUACCUCAUUCAAAAUAUCGCCCAAGCUACUGAGAAUACGAUUGCAAGGCUGGAUUCAGAGCCUGACUCGGCAGUACUUGAAAACAUACUCGGCCAAAGCAUAUACACAUAUGCCCCCAAAGCAUAUGUGUAUAUGCACAUAUACACAUGCCUCGUAGUACCCCCAAAGCAUUUCCUAUUCUCCAAUAGUAGGCUUCAGAUUAGCCAAAGAAACAAUGGAGCAGCGCGAUUUUCCUGUCUGAUAUAUUUGAACUAUAUUAUCUCCUACCGAGCUGCUAAAUCAAAAUCCAAUGACCCCUCAAGGUGGUAAAGAGGAACCUAUUAUCAAGGGCCUCGUCCGCUGCUGAGACACGGUUUACUUUGAUGAUUUUAUGUUCCUGCUCAAGUCUAUUCCCCCCAUGGCCAAUUGGUGAUUUCCGUAUGAUGCCGUGAUUCUAUCAAUGCCCCUUGGUGUCACACAUGCUUCAAAUUUUCAUCUGCAUGUGUCUUAUUACCCGUUCUACAUGAAUAUAGCUUCUUUGGCAUAACCCCGUAUUUAAUUUGAUCAACAGAUACGUGCAUACGCCUUCCUAUAUGCACGCUCAAGAGGUGCUCGAGAUGGCAAGAUCCACACACGAUCUUAACGCCAUUGCAAGCAUACUAGCACGCUACCCCUACCACGUCGAGGCCCUCCUGAUCUUUGCAGAGGUGUUCAAGUUUUCCGGGGAGCACCAGUCCGCUGCCGACGCCAUCGGCAAGUGCCUGUUCGCAUUAGAAUGCGCGUGGCACCCUCUGUUCAACCCCUUGCAGGGAAAUUGCCAAGUAAAGUACUCCCACGAGACGAACAGGCCGUUGUUCCAAGCUCUCUUCCAGCACAUGAGCAGUAUGGGCAGGCGCGGCUGCCAUCGGUCGGCUCUGGAGGUCUGCAAGCUUCUCUUAUCUCUGGAUUCUGACGACCCCAUGGGAGCCCUCUUCUGCAUCGACUACUUUGCUCUUCGGGCCCAAGAAUUCGAAUGGCUGGAGCAGUUUUCCGAGAGGUACAAGAGCGACAGCUCCAUCUGGCUGUUCCCCAACUUCUCCUUCGCCCUCGCCAUCUGCCGCUUCUACUUGGAGUCGGCUUCAAGCAGGGAGCCCACAGGGGAGUCGGAGAAGGCCCCAGCGAGUGAUCUAAUGAUGCAGGCGCUGAUGCUCCACCCUCUGGUUCUGAAGAAGCUGGUGGCCAAAGUGCCUCUCAAGGACCAGGCUUGGACCCAGAUCCUCAAUAGCUCCUUCUUCAAGUCGGCCCAAGCGGGGACUCCUUCUCUGGAGCAUCUCAUCAGUAUAUAUGUCGAGAGGAGUUACAUCAUGUGGAGGCUUCCGGAGCUCCAGGGCCUGCUUAAGGAGGCAGCUCUGCAGGUGGUCGAGUCCCUCAAGAGGGACGGGGGCGAAGCCAAGGACUGGGCCUGUGUGAGAAAAGAAGCCUUCCCAUCUGAGAAGAACGAGUGAGUACCUGCAACUGUGGCUCUUAUCCCCACAAUAUUUUUCAGACCCAAUGGCUCUAAUUCUCUUGAUACUUUGCUUUAUUUGUCAGAUAUUCGCACCUGCUGGUUUCUGACUUCUCCGACACCGCGCCCACUCUCCCUCCCGAAGAAAUACGGCAUUUUAUGUUGGACCCUCAGAUGGUUCCAGAGGUACCAGGUGAGAACAGGGAUGGUGAUCCAGGGGGAGCCCGGGCUCCUCGCGAUGUGGCCGGAAGGAAUCCAUUGCUUGUCUUCCUGGAUUCGCUGCUCCCCUGGGCCGACUAUGGAACCGACCAACAACAAGAACACCAACAACAACAACAACAAGGUGAGGACCAGUGA